GAGGGGAGAGGGAGGAGCCGCCGCCGGUGGGAGGGAGCGCGGAGAGCCGUGUCACCGAACGCGUGAGGCGGGGGCCGGCGAACGGGCGGGCGGGGGGCGGGAGGGGGGGGGGGCGGCGGAGGAUGGCGGAGCCGCGCCGGGUGCCGUUCAUUAGCCUGUCACCCGUGAGGCGCCGCGAGGGCGAGAGCCCGGCGCUGGAGCGGGAGGCGCCGGGCCGCGAGCCGGAGCCGGGCCGCGAGGUGCCGCCGUUGGAGCCGCCGCACGAGCUCUGCCGGCCGGAGCCGCCGCCGCCGCCCCGCGAGACCGGCCGGCCCGAGCAGCAGCCGCCGCCGCAGCGGGAGCCCCCCCGGCCCGAGCCGCCGCCGCUGCCGCCGCCGCAGCAGCUACCGCCGCCGCCACCACCGCCGCCGCCGCGCCAGGGCAGCCGGCAGGAGCCGCCGCCGCCGCAGGAGGCGCUCCCGCUCCGCCAGACGGUCCGCCUGGAGGUGGUGCUGAAGGACCCCACCGAGGAGGGCUGCGUGGAGUUCAGCUACCCGGAGCUGCUGCUGUGCGGGGACUCGCGGAAGAAAUCGGUUCAUCCGGAAGAUCCAUUUAGUGAUGAACAACGUGAGCGGCAUGAAGUAGAAAUGCUAGCCAAGAAGUUCGAGGCAAAAUAUGGUGGAAAGCCCCACAAACAUCGGAAGGACCGCCUGCAGGAUCUAAUUGAUAUAGGUUAUGGUUAUGAUGAAACGGACCCUUUCAUUGACAAUUCUGAAGCGUAUGAUGAAUUGGUUCCCGCAUCCCUGACAACCAAAUAUGGAGGGUUUUAUAUCAACACUGGUACACUGCAGUUCCGCCAGGCAUCUGACUCAGAGGAUGAAGACUUUGCAGAAGACAAAAAGCAUAGGCCGCCUAAAAUAGCAAAGUUAAAAGAAAAUGAAGAUCGUGGAAUGAAGAAGCGCAAGCGGAAAGAUGAAGGGACGGAAAAGGAGAAGAAGCCUCGGAAAAUGAAAGUUCCUAAGCAGUUGGGAGUAAUGGCCUUAAAUUCACACAAGUCUGAAAAGAAGAAAAAGAAAUUGUAUAAAGACUCGCUCUCUCUGGCUGCCAUGAUCCGUAAAUUUCAAAAGGAGAAGGAAGCCAUGAGGAAGAAGGAAUCUAGUCCAAAACCUCCAGUGACUGUUGCAACCUCUACCCCUAGUAAAAUUCCUUCUUCCUCUCUCAGUGCAGGAAAUGAUAUCUCUGACUUGAAUCUUAGGAUCAAUGAUCCUGUCCUCUCCAUUUUUGGUAGCACAAAUGAACCUGAGCUCCUGCCAGAAGCUGAAAGUACCCUGGAGAUGCUGGGAGACAUUGACUUUGACAAGUUGCUUGAUGGCACUUCUGAUGGCAGCCCAGUAUCUGAGCUGUCAGGAGAAAACGGAAAUGUCACUCAGGCAGCCUACACCUCUCAGGUCAUGACACCCAAGCAGGUGCCUGCCCUCCCAGAAGGUCUGCCUAUGCUACUUGAAAAGCGCAUUGGAGACCUUCGAACAGCCGCCAAGAUGUUUGAUGAAGAAGGCAGGAAGAAGUUUUUCACGCAAGACAUGAAUAAUAUUCUGCUGGAUAUCGAGCUACAGUUGCAGGAGAUAAAUCCUGCCAUCCGCAAUGGAGUGUACUCUCACCUUGAGGCUUUUGUGCCAUGCAAUAAGGACACACUGAUAAAGCGUCUGAAGAAGUUACAUCUCAAUGUCCAGGAUGACCGCUUGAGAGAACCACUGCAAAAGCUGAAACUGGCUGUCAGUAACGUCAUGCCUGAACAGUUAUGCAAGUAUCAAGAGGACUGUCAGGCCCGCAGUCAAGCCAAGAAUGCCAAAUUGCAAGCGGAAGAUGAACGAGAGAAAAAUGGAUCAGAGGAAGAUGAUGAUGAGAAACCUGGAAAGAGGGUUGUGGGACCCAGAAAGAAGUUUCAUUGGGAUGACACAGUGAGGUCUCUGUUGUGUAAUCUUGUGAAGAUCAAGCUGGGAUGCUAUGAGCUAGAGCCAAAUAGAAGUCAGUCUGCUGAAGAUUACCUCAAAACCUUUAUGGAAACAGAAGUGAAACCACUUUGGCCUAAAGGCUGGAUGCAGGCAAGGAUGCUUUUUAAAGAAAGCCGAAGUGUUCACAAUCACCUCACUUCUGCUCCGGCAAAGAAGAAGGUGAUUCUAGCCCCUAAACCCAAAGUGAAGGACUCCAGUCCAAAGAAAGAACAGAAAACCUGUAUGUCUUCAGUCAAUUCAAGUUGUGCUACUGUACUGAGUUCCAGCACACCUGUCUGCACCCCAGCCAGCUCUAGCUGCACACCAGCUCCAGAGACGAUCUGUUUGGACGACUCGCUGGAUGAAGACCUUUCUUUCCACCCACCCUCACUGGACUCUAUUUCUGAUGCUCUGGCAGUUAUUAAUAAUGGUGCCAAGGGAUCACCUCUUGGGUCCACCAUAGACACGCCAACAUCCAGACCUCGCCCUGGGCUGAGGGAAGAGAAACUAGCAAGCAUUAUGAGUAAGUUGCCCCUGGCAACUUCAAAGAAAGUAGAGCCCACUCAAACACCCCAUUCAUCAAGUCUUAUUGCUGGUCACACAGGGCCAGUACCAAAGAAACCCCAGGACCUAGUUCACACUGGUAUCUCUUCAGGCCUUAUUGCUGGAUCUUCAAUUCAAAAUCCUAAGGUUUCCUUAGAGCCUUUGCCAGCCAAACUACUUCAGCAAGGACUACAGAGGUCAAGCCAGAUCCAAGCUGCUUCCUCCUCUUCGCAGACUCAUGUUUCUUCCUCUAAGACCCCAGCAGCUAUUUCCACCUCCUCUCAAAGAACCAAGGAUGCUAAUAUCUUGGCAUCAUCUUCUGAGGCUCAAGGUGGUUCUUCCUCCACAUCACAAGUGACAAAGGUGCACCAGCAUUCAGCUGUACAGCAGAAAUAUGUAUCUCCUUUACAAGCAACUAUUAGUAAAUCACAGACCAAUCCAGUGGUGAAAUUGAGCAGUAAUCCCAAACUGUCUUGCUCAUCGCCAGUCAUCAAGGCUCAAGAGAAGUCUGUAGUAUAUCGACUGCCUUUGUCUAAUCCCUCAUCUGGAAGUGGCUCUCAAGUGUCUCACCCACUGGUUUCUCGGACAACAUCCAGCACCUCUACCUCUAGUAACUAUUUAGCCAAGGCUAUGGUGUCACAAGUUUCUUCCCAGGGUUUCAAGCCUCCCUUCUCCAUGGCUGCCUCUCCCAAACCUGCUGCCUCUCCCAAGCCCACUGCAUCUAAGCCCUCUGUGACACCCAAGCCCAAUGCAUCACCUAAAUUUUCAUCCAAGUCCACCUCAUCCCCCAGGCCUGCAACAACACCCAGUUCUUCCAGUUCAAGUGCACUAGUUUCCCAGAGUAGUCACUCCAGCAACAACCCCCUUCAUAAACAGACCAGUGGUGUAAAUAUCAGCAGGCAGUCUCCCACAAUGAAUUUGCUGCCCUCUAAUCGCACCUCAGGCCUUCAGCCUGCAAAGAACCCUCAGGCUUCUUCAAAAUUGCCCAACUCUUCUCCUUCUGGAACUGUUGGUAAAAAUAAUUUGGGUGGAGUUGGAAUGAAUGUACCUGCCAGCAGAGGCAGUAACCUUAACUCAAGUGGAGCUAGUAGGACUAGUCUGUCUGGGGGAGCAGGAAGUGGAACACAGGGUGCUACUAAACAAUUGUCAACUCCACACAGACCAUCUUCUGCCUCAGGGUCUCCAGUUGUAGCAGCCAGUGUGCAGUCAACAGCAGGAGCAUCAUUACUGGCUAACGCCUCACCUCUGACUCUCAUGGCAUCACCCCUGUCUGUAACCAGUCAGAACGUGACAUCUGCACCAUUAACUCCUUUUGGGAUGCUGGGUGGCCUUGUUCCUGUGACCGUGCCCUUCCAGUUUCCCUUGGAGCUGCUUGGCUUUGGGACGGACACAGCUGGAGUGACAACCACCUCGGGAUCUACCUCAGCGGCUUUCCACCACAGCCUAACUCAGAACUUACUGAAGGGUUUACAGCCAGGUGCUCAGCACGCAGCAACGCUGUCUCACUCACCUCUGCCUGCUCACUUGCAGCAAGCUUAUACAGAUGGAGGCCAAAGUAAAGGGGACACUAAGUUACAGCGGAAAAACCAGUGACUUCUGGACAAGCAAGGGAGCUGAAGCAGUUCUGGUUGGCUGACAGAAUCUGCCCAGUUGGGAAAGUGCUUAUUGUCACAGGGCUGCUGUUUCUGUCGAUGUUUACAUAUUCUGAUCCCAAGCACUGUGGUGAGAGGAAGAAGAAAAAGAAAACAAUACUUGAUCAAAGAGAGAAGGAAAAGGAGGACUGGUCCUCCUGGUCAUAGUUUGAUCUUGCCUAAAGAAACAAGCUUUUUUUAUCUGCUCUGAUUGGCUUUUAAAAGAAAUUGAUCGUCAAACCCACAGCAGCACAAACAUUUAAUUUCUCUGUGAUCUCCAAUGAAGAGUUGAAAGUGUGAGACAAGCUAGAAUAGGUUUCUCCAUCCACUGUGUAAGGUGGAAUCAUCCACUUCAUUAGUGCCCAAAGUGCCCAGUAUAAGAUUCUGUGUAGGUCCUGAGUGUACUUUAUGGUUGUGGACCAAAGCUUAUGUUAGAGUAGAGGUGGUGCUGGGAUACUUUGUUAUAAUUAAACCCUUACACAAUGAGUUCCUGAUACGGGCAUUUUCCAGCUUUACAAGGCUGUUUGGCUUUAGGGAGCCUACAGAUGUAUGCAGUCUCAUUAGAGAGUUGUCUUCAAAAACAGAUCUCCUAGUAUAUUGAGAUGUGAGACACAGACUACUGGGAAAUCCCUUGCUCCUUGUUUGUUUUCUUUUUAAUAUAAAGAUUCUUACUUAAGGGAGGAAGGGGAUGGAAAUUUUUCCAUUUACGUGAAAAGGAAACCCACGUUUUAUUGGUCAGACUAGCAUUUCUUCCCACAUUUUUUUUAAAGGCACACUGUUUUUUCAGUCCUCCCAUUUGUUAAACUUUCUUUUCCUUUGCCUCGUGCUUAUCUGCUACUGAAAUUAAAUAAUAUUCUAUUCAUGUCACUUAUAAAACAUGACCAGUUCUUUACUCAUUCUAGAUCUUCCUCAUCUUUCAUCCAACUCUUCCCAAAAGCCAUGCAUUACACUGAUUUGCUAGUUAGAGAAAGCUGAUUGUGACCUAUUCCAGUGCCAGGUUAAUACUGCUUCAGGCAUUAGCCAAAGAGGAGUCGUUCAAAAGCGACCAGAGGUGCCUUCUCUUCUGGGGGCUGAACGGGUUGUCUCCAGCACUUCCAGACCCUGCUGGCCUGCGGAGUUCCUGACCUGAACUGUUCCUUACAUGGUAGCACAAGACUGCAAAGCUGGCUUUUUUUUUUUUUUUGGAUAGCAAUACAUCGACUGGUUCAUUUGUAAGCUUAGGAAGUAUCCAGCACAUGUUGCACUUUCAACACUAGGACAGAACUUUGCUGUUGAGUCCCUUGCGUUGUCAGAUAAAAGGUGAGAAUGGCAGAAACUGAAAUAAGUCGAGGGGAAAGGAGCAAAUAAAAUAGUAUGAUGCCCUUCUCCUUCAACCCUGAAACAUUCCUUUCAUCAGAGAUGCUGAAAUUCCUAGUAGCUAGCCUUUCCAGUAGUCUGAUUUGAGAUUGAACUAGUGACUACUGGUUAUCUCGCAUCUUCCAGAGAGACUUUGACCCAUGGUUAAUGAAUCUUCAGUGGUUUUUGCUAGAUUAACUUAUAGCUUUCAGGUUUCUUUUACAUGUGAUUUAUUUUUCUUAGACCAGACAACAAUUUCUUUUCUAUUUAGAGCUCAUUUUAAUUUUAUAUAAAUAUAUAUACGUGAAUUAAAAUAAUAUAUAUUGUGUAUUUAGUAUAAAAAUGUUGGGUUGAGCUCAGCAAUAAAUGUUUUUGCACAACACUUCUGUGAAAGACAGAUUGAAUUAAAAUAGGAUGCAUUAGUUUGUUAAUUUCACUCCACAGCAUCUGCCAAUUAAAUGCUUUUUAGCUAGUGCUAAUGUUUUGUAUGUGGUGUGUUGUUUAGAUAAGCUUGCAUCUCCAUCAAGGUUAUUUAGAGUUGAAAUAUACAGCUACGUAGACUCUGGCAUUUUUAAUACUGUGCAGAUUCAGACAAAAUACCAUAAACUAUUUAGAAUGCAAGCUUUAUCUGAUUUUUUUUUUCCUUCUUUUCUCCAGGAAGGGUUGAAGGAAGACAACUCCUGUUUUUUGAGGCCUAACAGUUCUGGCAGGAUGCUAAUUCUCUGAACUGUGUCAAACCUAAUACUUUUUAACAAUGCGUGUAGCUAAGGGGAGUUGCAGCAGUGAGCCAUCAGGCAGCAAUAUAUUUAAAAGACCCUGUCCUAAGAGAGUUCUACCUCUUCUGUGUUUUCCUCAUCGAGGCAUCUCAUUCAAAUUGCCAUCUUUUGUCUUCAUACUUAACGAAAUUUUAGAUUGGGAGACUUGGAGCCCUUUAUAACUACAGCACAAAUUUCCUUUCAAAAUUCCUCUCUUCUUGGAAGUAUACUUAAUCUUCAGUUGAGGAGUAUCCUCUCUAAAUCUUAAGGAGGGUAGGAGUAGUCCUUUCUGUGUGGCCUAUUGAGCUUCUCAGUCUUGGGGAACCAAGUAAACUAAUACUUAACUGUGGAAAUCGGUAGUAGGAUGUUGAGAAUAAAGAUGACCAUACAUUGUUUGUGAAGCCAGUUCAGACAGCCCCCAGAGGGUAACUGUUUUCAGUCACUACGCUCCUGAGCGUCUUUGAAAUCAGCAAUGUGGCAAGGAAGGGGUCAGCAUUCCCUGUUCUCUAUUCCCCCUGGUUAAACCUAGCAAGGCCAAAUCAAAGGAAAUAAUAGGGUGGCUCCCAGAGACCUUUGCAGGUAGCAUAAACAGGAUGGGGAAGUGAAAGAUUCCUGCAACAUCCAAAUGCAAAAUUAGGUUAAUGUUUUACUAUUUUCUGCACAGCAGCUCUUCUAAAGACAUUUGUCCCCUGAGUUUUUACUACUUUUUAAGGGCCUUUGUUAAUAAAUAAACUGUAGUUGUACAUAUAAAUAACCCUCAGUAUUCACAAGCAAUAAGAAAGCCAAGUAGAGCUGUCUGUUCCAGGCAGCAGGGCUGAACUUGGUUUGGGGACUGUAUAUGAGCUAACAUGUCAAGCUCACUGAAAGCCCCAAACAAAUGCAAGCAAUAAUUUCAAACACAGGUUUUAGAUAUUAAAACCGUCUGGGUAAUAUUUUUCUGCUACAUGAUCCAAAGUCCCAAAAGUUGUGGUAGCUAUUUUAAAUCCUUUCAAGACACUUGCAAAGAAAGAAGGCAGGCUAGAUGAAAAACGGGCUGCAAAGUUUCCCGAUACCUUGGAUUAUAACUGCAGUGUUCUCCCACUCCAAGACGUAAAUGGCCUAAAUCACUUUGUCCAGCCUUCUCUGUUGAUUUGAGAUACCUGACUAAUACUGGUCAACUGAGUCACAAGUGUGGAUGCUGUGGGUUUCACAUCUGUUUUCUGCUAAUCAGAAGUAACUUUUAAUUACCGGGGUUCUGCUUCUUGUUCGAAUCCGAUCAAAGUUGUCUGAUGCACAGAUUUGGGGGUGGGACAGGUGCCAAGAGCCUGUUCCUCCCAGUCCCAUCACCUGACCCUUCCUCCACACUCCUUCUCCACUUGGUGCAAGACCCUUGAGGACAUGAAAACAGAGAAAUCCUGCAACUCUCCCAGGCUGCCAUCAGCUGUGUGAACCAUUAACCCUCUGGGAGUCAUCUUGGACUCCAACUAACUUUAUCACAUUUGCUGCUACAUUCGUAAAAUGAACUUUUGGCUGUAUUUAUUAGCAAAUUUUAAUCUAGUUUACAGUUUGUUUGGUUUUCUUUUGAGUAGUUUUUGCCCACAGGUAGAAGUGUUGGGGUGUUUGGGUUGGUUGCUUUGGUUUUUUCGUGGGGUUUUUUUUUUUUUUGGAAUGAAUUGGUGAAGGCAUAGUGGUCCCUCUUCUGCUUUUGUUUUGGAUUUUUUUUUGAAGAUGGCAUUGCAGGGAAAACAUGCAGACAAGCCAAGCUGUGUAACACUUCCUCCCACACCUAACUUUCAUCAUUUGCUGAACUGGGGGGGGAAUCAUUAAAGGGACACUUGCUUUGCGUUUGGGUUUUUUUUUUUUUUUUUCCUCCAUAAAAUGAACCAGAAAGUGAAAGCAGUAGGUAAAUGACUGAUUAAUUAACACUUUAUGCAAUUUUAAUUUUAUAGAAAUUAAAAAAAGGUUGGUAGA